CUCCGGUGAACGCAGUCAUGGUAUUUCUCCAGUCUCACCCGGUAUAAAGCCUCGUGCCGUUCGAUCCUCCACCACGACCGACCUCCGACUCGCACAGCCACAGAGAUGGCCUCCAACUUCUCAAGCGUCCCCAUCCUCGACUACUCCCUGACCGCGGAUCCGGCGCGCAGACAAGAGUUCCUCGCGCAACUCCGACACGCGCUCAUCAACGUCGGCUUCCUCUACCUCUCCAACCCGCCCGUCGCGCGCGCAGACAUCGACGCCGUCAUCGAGUACGCGCCGCGCCUGUUCGACCUGCCCCAGGCCGCGAAGGACAAGAUCCGGAUGGCGAACUCAGAGCACUUCCUCGGGUACUCUAAACUCGGCGCGGAGAUCACGAAGGGGAAGACGGACCAACGCGAGCAGUACGACUUUGCGACCCCGUACGAGGCGAGGUGGAAGCCUGGCGAGCCGGAGUACCUCAGGCUCUGGGGUCCAUCGCAGUGGCCAGACGAGGACCUGCUCCCGGGCUUCAAGGAAACCUUCCUGCGGUACCUCGCGCAGGUCGAGAAGCUGAGCUACGAGUUCAUCGGCCUGCUCGCGGAGGCGUUCGGGCUCCCGUCCUCGAUUAUGAAGGGCUUCUACGAGCUCGACGGGCCGACCCCGCACCGCGCGAAGGUCGUGAAAUACCCGGCACUAGAUGACCUCUCUUCGAACCAAGGGGUCGGGCCCCACUUUGAUGGUGGAUUCUUGACUUUCCUGCUGCAAGCAUCGUCGCACCCCGGGCUGCAGGUACAGAACUUGUCCGGCGAGUGGAUCGACGCGCCGCCAAUCCCAGGAACCUUCGUCGUGAACAUCGGAAAGGCGCUCGAGACGGUCACCCAGGGCCUCGCGCAGGCGACCUCCCACCGCGUGCUCUCGCCGCCCAAAGGAUCGACUCCCCGCUACUCAAUCCCCUUCUUCCAAAACAUAGCCCAGCGCAUCUCCAUCAAGGAGGUCAAGCUAGAGCUCAGCCCUGAGAUCCUGAAUUUGAAGGAACAGCGCGGCGCGGUUGGUACUACAGAUUCCGUCAAUUACGGAGAAUACGGCCAGUUCCCCACCGGACAAGUCAACCUCAUCGGGCGUGUCAAGAGCCACCCAGACGUCGCGGAGCGGCACUAUCCGGAUCUCUUCAAGCAAUUCUUCCCGCACGGGCUGCCAGCGCAGGGCAGCGCUUACUAGGUGUGCCAGAGGCAUCUCGCAUCUUCUACUUACCGGGACUUGGGCCGUCGAUUUCAACAGUCUUGCGC